UUGGCCGUAAUGAACCAUUCCUUCAUUAGGUCAUGAGGCCAAACCCAACGUCUAACUUGACCACUCAAGAAGCUUGAUGCCAAGAACCAAGAUGCCAGUAUAUGUGACCUUGACAGGGGCCACGGUUAGCAUCAAAGAGCUGCAUGGCAGCAACUACGACGCAUGGGCUUACAAAACCCGGAUGCUAAUGAUUAAGACCGGCCUGUGGGUUUACGUGACCAGCACGGUCAGUAAGCCUCUGAAUGACGACAGUACCGUCGCUGGCGCUUGUCAUUGAUGACGAGAUCACUGGCUCGAUCUGCAUGGUGAAGGCAUCUAAAGCGCUUUGGCUCUCAACGUUGAAAGCCAAGUACCAAUCCACGAAGGGAGUUGCCCUCUUCAUACUCAAGCGAGUCUUUUGGAGCGACAAGAAGGGCUCUUCAGAGAGCAUUCAGGAGUACCCCGACCACGUAGCAAUGAUGUGCGGCAAGGUCAAAGCACAAGGAAAUGACAUGUCGAAGCCCGACUACUGCCUCGCCACCCACAUUGGACUCGACUCAUGCUACAACAAUCAUUUCAAGGUUCUCGAGCAGCUUGACGAUCAGUUGACAAGGGAACACAAUGACGCAACACUACUUCAGGAGGAGCUUCGCCAGCAAUGCUACAGUGUCAGCACUGCUCUCACCAACCAGGCUAAGGACUAUCCUGUCAUCACGUUCGCCAAUGGCACCACGUUGAAUGCAGUGGCCCAGGGCGACAAUGGACUGAUCUGCGUCAAGACCAAUAAAGGGAACAUUGUCGACAUCUAUCUCAAGAAUGCAACUGAGGUCAAAAAGGAAUCCAGCGGGGCCUCAUCAUUGCUGGGCAAUGUCUGGGUUCACACACUAGCAGAUUGCAAGAAUGUUGCCGACAUCAUCAACAAUUGGAUCCGCCAAGUAGAGAAGGCGACGAGCAAGGAGAACAAAGUCCUCUGCUCGGGCAACAGUGGCGAAUACGUCGGCAUGCGGGUGCAGCAACCCCUUCAACAUCACAGUAUCCCGCACAAAAGAUCAGCUCCAUACACGUCUCAACCUAACUAUAUUCAACACGAUCCAAGCAUGGAUCAGCGCGUCGACGCCGAAAAUGGCACUCUGGGGUGA